AACCCAGCCCCUUUUUCUUUUCUUUUCAUCCACUAUGAGCUCAUAAUGCACCACAAACACACACAAACUCAGCCAUUUACGGAGUAGAUUGAAUCAGAGAAACGGAUAUGGCUUCAGAAGCGAUGGAACUAAAUGGAAAUGCGACCAGAGGUGAUGCAGGGGAGCAUCCUCGGCCGAGCCGCUGGUCAAGGAACACCCCGAUUAACAUGAACCAUUAUGCCAAUAAGAAGAGUGCAGCAGAGAGUAUGCUGGAUAUAGCACUACUGAUGGCCAACGCGUCCCAGCUGAAGACCAUCCUAGAGCUGGGUCCCGGUUUCUCCUUCUACGUUCCUCUCAUCACUCUCAUCAGCAUCUCACUCACCCUGCAGAUCAUCGUGGGGGUCUUACUAAUCUUCAUAGUAAAGUGGAAUCUGAACGACGCAAGUAAACACUACAUACUGAAUCUACUGGAGAACAUUGUUACAGCGCUCGUCUUCAUCAUCGUAGUAGUAAACGUUUUCAUCACAGCGUUCGGCGUUCAAAAACCAGAAGAAAAGAAAGCGUAACCAAAGCUUGUCAGAUAAUGAGGUUUCUUACAGGUAUGUAUAGUCAUGUAUAGCCAUUACAAGUAAUGACGUUAUCCUGUGUGCUCUAUGUAAAUUAAAUGCCUUUUGUUUUUACAUACAGAAAAUUUUUAGCCCCCAAAAUGAGGCAACAACUGCUUAAUUUGGGAAUUUGUGGGUUAUAACUUCAUAUUAACACAAAUAUAUCUAAUUAUGAUACUAUUAUUAUUAUAAGAUAUUAAGUAAUUAUAUAUAAUCAUGUAAUAAAUAUAGUUAAAAGACACUUUGAUAGUGAAAUUUGAGCAAAUACCAUACCAUUACUUUGAGACUGAAAAUAAUGAAGUCAAUGGCAAAGGACAUUAUCGGAUACGUUGAAGUAAAAAAAAAAAAAAAAAAAAUGCAUAGUACCAAUACAACAUGCAGGGAAUCUUCAUACUGCCUACCUGAUAGCCUGUGUCUACAAAGAAAUACUGUACAGACUGUUUUUAUAUUAUGCCUGUAAUUUUUUUGUAAAACUAUACAAUUAUGUACGGUUUGUGUGUACAUUUUAGCUCAGUUCACAUUAACAGUUUUGCACAUAAAUUGCACAACAAGCUUGUGUUUGGUGUUAUCUUAUGGUUUUAUUUGUGACAUUUAGAAGCCUUGCAGCAUGAUUUUAAGAAAUAAAGGACUAAAUAAUAAGAAAGGUCUUCUUAAACCUGAGCACUUGCAGUGAAGGCAAACAAGGCUGACAAUUAAUCUACAUAUUACAGUACAUAGCAAGCUUUAUUUUUCCUUCCUAAUGGGUCAGCAGUGUAACCAAAGGAUAAUUUUUCACACACACACAAAAAAAAAAAAUCAGUCAUUUCAAAACACAUUUCAAAUAAACCUGGCUUCCCAUUUGAAACACUGAACUUUCCCUAAGAUCUUGUAUUGUGUUUUCCCCCAAAUUUAUCAAAAAUUAAUGUAUGUGUAUGGAAGUCUUGAUGCCUUUAUUUGAACUCUUUGGAUUUACUGAUUUUUUUAAUUAUAAAUCCCACUCAGUGUAUGUGUUGUUUAUAGUUUUUAUAUUGGUCUUUUGACAUGUUUCUGUUUCUUCAACAUUUUGUAUAUUUAUAUUGAUGAUAUUAUUUCUAUUUAUAUAUAUAACAGCAUCUCAUAUAAGACAUUAAAUAAAUUAAGAAAAUCUG